AUGCUAGGUCUAGGUAGAGUAGGUCAUUGGAUGUUCGACUUGAUUGCUAUAUCAACGAUCAUAGCUGGUGUAAAGAAGAAUACGGGGUAUGGCUUCCACCUGGGCAUGAUUCAAGAUACAGCUAUCCGAUCCUUCCUCGACCAGUAUUUCCAACUUGGCGAAACUGUCUUUGGGAUCAUUAGUGGUUAUGUGGUGAAUUCGAGGUAUUUCAAAAGACAGGUUGAGUAG